AACCGUCCAUCUUUAGUGUUGUAGCAUCCUUAUCUUCAACCUUGGAUUAUGGUUCCACAUAGAGUCCGACACGUGCCCUUUCUCGAAACCUUCCAACGGAAAUUUGAGAAACUUCUGGAAACGCCACCUUCUCGCGCCUUCUUUAAUCCAAAACCAAAACCAAAACCGAGUCCCCACGCCCUCCGAUUUCCCUCAUUUUCCACCAUUUCCUAAUCUUCCUUCUUGCCUGCCUCGAAUCCAUCAUUCUCCUCUUCCGCCAGAACUUUCUAGAAACCACCCUCUUCUUCUUCUUCUUCUUCUUCUUCUUCUUCUUCUUCUUCUUCUUCUUCUUCUUCUUCUUCUUCUUCCAUAACUAUACUUUCUACACUAUAUUCGUUUUGGUUCUCCUUUGUUUUUAAAUUUGAUUUUACGGUUUGGAUCUGAAGGCGACGUUAUGGGUCCGUCUCCGGUUGAGCAAAGCGGAGAGACGACGGCGGGUGAGUCUCAGAGAUCUAUUCCGACGCCGUUUUUGACGAAAACGUAUCAGCUGGUGGAUGAUCCGGGCGUUGACAAAUUGAUUUCGUGGAAUGAAGAUGGGACCGCAUUUAUUGUGUGGAAACCAGCGGAGUUCGCAACGGAGUUGCUUCCUAAAUACUUCAAGCACAAUAAUUUCUCCAGCUUCGUUCGACAGCUUAACACUUACGGAUUCAGAAAAGUGGUGCCCGAUCGGUGGGAAUUUGCAAACGAGUCCUUCCGCAGAGGUGAGAAACGACUUCUGCGUGAUAUUCAGCGCCGGAAAAUGUCAGCAGCGGCGAAUUCGACAGCGAUUGUUCAAAAUGCACAGGUGGUGACGCUCGCUGUGAAAUCCGUUUCUCCGACGAAUUCCGCAGACGAGCAAGUUUUGUCGUCCAACUCGUCGCCGGCCGCCACCGCCACCGCCGUGGUAUUACGCCCUACAACGUACACGACGACGCCGGAAAUUUUGGAGGAGAAUGAGAGGUUGAGAAAAGAGAACGCGCAGCUAACUCAGGAAUUGAAUCGGUUGAGAGGUUUGUGUAAGAACGUAUGCAGCUUGAUGUCCAAUUACGCCGUGAAUCACCCGGAAACGGCACCGGAAGGACAGGUAUUAGAUUUGCUCCCACCAGGGCGGCAGGAUUCGGCGGAGCGCGAAUGCAGCGCCGCCGAAGCCGAAGGAGGCCACGGCGGUUCUACCACACUAAGCCCCAGGCUGUUCGGCGUCUCGAUUGGCGUGAAACGCAUAAGGACAAGCGACGAUGAAACACAGCCGGUGAAAUGUGAGCCGCCGGAUUCCUCGUCAGACUUGACAAAGUGUGAAAUCUGGGAAAAGAGAAGAUUGCAAGACUAAUUGAGAUGAGAUCUGAUCUGAUCUCAUCUAUCAUAUCAUCCUGUUGAGUAUUACAGAUCUUUCCUUUCUCAGCCAUGUGUAAUUUCUGAGUUUAUCUUACUCACCCAUGUAUCAAAAAAAGAGUUCUGGCAAUACUGAUUUUGUAAA